GGAAGGUUGCCCGUCRUAGGGAGRGGAACCCAAGCGAAAUCCUCGGGCGUGAGCGGGUCCAAAGCCUCCUCGUUGAACACGCUUGCCGAAUCCCUUGAUGAAGACGAAAUAGCGGAAGAACCUUCGGACGGUGAGAAAGCCGCACAUGUAUCUUGUCCUUGAGAAGCAUCCAGUGAAGGAACGAGCCGGGCAGCGAAGUCUUAGAAUGAAAGUGGAAGACUCCCGACAUCCGCAUAUGCCUCGGAAGAAAGGGCGGUCGUGCCCACAACCGCUUCCGAUGGCGUCGAGGGAGGUGUCGAGUCACCCUCGGCGGAGCCUACUUUCCCAGACGGGGUUUCCCCUUGGUGGGGCAAUGCGCAUCAUCGUGGAUGGUGCUAUUGCACCAAAGGCAAUAACGGUACUUGAGUCUCGUGCGAUAGCAAUUCGCCGAGAGUCCAUAUUGUGCCCAAGCCUCGGCAUAAGAAGUCGGCGAAGUCGCCGUAAUGCAAGCCACUUUUGGCUUGGGCUGGGUGCUGCUCGUCGUCGCGGAAGAUCGGCCGGCGUUGCGGGCUUCUAUGUUCGUGAGAAUGAUCCGUGGCGCUGUGCUGAAAAGCUUGUCAGAUGUGUCGAGUGUCUCUGCAAUCUGCGUCAGCGCGUUUUGCAGAGCUGGACACGAGCGCAUGAUAAACAAGUGCUUGAUGGCGCGGAAUGCGAGCGGCAGGUCAGGUGUGGAGGCGAGUCUUUGGAACUCGGUAAUCCAGUCCUGACUGAGCAGCGUGUUCUGAUGGAGCUUGUUGAGCUUGUCCAUCGCUUGCAGGUCGGGCGGCUCCACUUGGAAUCGCUUGUGCCAGGCGUCAGUCUACUCCAGCCAAGUGAGCUUGGUGUGCAGUUCCGACACUGCUACGCCGUGGCUGGUCAAGAUGUUGUCCAACCAUGCUUGACAUGCACCACCAGAUCGGUGGUACAAGCACGCAUGUCGAUCAUUGUUCAGGACAUGGUGCAUGUCGAGCCUKAGAGUAAACUGGCGCCACCAUGGGAUCGGUUCCGUCUUGGACUGAUCGCAGAAAACUGGAAUGUCAUCCAGCUUGGGCGGGCGCCGGGAGGAUGCGGCGGCGGGCGUCACGGUGGCAGCAGCCUGGACCUGCGUCUCCAACUGCAAGUUCGUUGCUUGCUGCGACGUCCGGAAGUCCUGAUGCACACGCUUAAUAUUGUUGACGUCGUCCUCCAAAACUUGAAUGCUGGUGGAAAGGUUGGAAGGCUCUGCGGCUGCUACAGCGGCUGGUUGUUUCUCCAACGCUUGCAGCCGGGCGAGCAUCUGGUCCACUGUCUGCUGCAGGUGAAGGAUUUCCUCCUGCUGCAGAGCGCAGGUGGCCACGAGGUCGUGAGAGACCUGCGCAAGGGCUGACAGCCCUUUCUCAGUCUCCGGGGCCCCGUCGGCAGAUGCCAUUUCCACCCAAUGUAAGGUCUCAUCGCCGAUCACGGUCUCCCGCGUGAACAGUCGUUCCCGCUGGCGUGACCGGUGUUCGGCUGCCGCCUGCAGGUCUGCCUCCUCUUGACGAAGUCGGUCCUGUUCCUCCUUCGGUCGCUUGGCCUCCUCUUCUUGCUCAAUCUGAUUAAGUUCCUUGGCCGCGGCGGCGGCCCUAUCGUUGGCCUCCUGAAUGAAUGCCGCCAGGCGUU